AUGCGGGUCCUUGUAAUCGGCGGCACCGGACGAUGCGGCAAAAUCGCUAUAGAUGAACUACUCAAUAAAGGGCAUCAAGUGGUUGCACUGGCUCGAAACCCUUCUGCACUGGGAGAAGCCCGACCCGGAUUAACGGUCCUCAAAGGAACACCGACAGAACUGUCAGACGUCAGGGCAGCAUUCCAACCUAUGCCUCCAGACGCCGUGAUUGUUACUCUGAGUGCACCCCGGGCCAGCGACAGUCCCUUCGCAGCCCCCAUAUCUCCACCAAGGUUACUGACAGAUUGCAACACCAACGUCAUAACCGCAAUGAAAGAGUACGGGGUCCGCAAGAUCGUCAUUCUCCAAGCAUUUGGAGUCGGCGAAUCCUGGGAUAACAUGAGCUGCGUGCUGCAGCUGCUCAUGGGCAAGACCAACAUGAGCUACCAGUAUGAUGACCACAAUGCCACGGCGAAGGUGGUUAGAGAGAGUGGACUUGACUAUGUCUUUGUCUGGCCAUCACGACUUGUUGAAACGACGGAAAAAGAUGUCAAGGUGUGGCCAAAGAAUGGGAAGGGGGUGCCGCUGAUGGCAACGACGAGCAGAAUUGGAGUUGCGCAGUUCUUGGUUCAGGCUGUUGAAAGCGAUAUGUGGGAUCGGUCUGCUGCUGUUAUCACUACCAGUCAUUGA